AUGUCCUUAAGGAAUAGUUCCGCUUCAAAUGCUUCCUCACGCUCAAAAUCAUCGAAGACCAAAUGUCGAAGACUAUCCCGAUUCUACGAGCAGAAAUACUUGAACGAAUUGGAGAACGAAGCCAGGAAGUUGAGCAUCGAAUCGAACGAAAUCAAAUUGAAGAAAAAACAGAAUCAGAACGUUGGCACGCAACAAAAUGUUACCAAGACGUUCCUGGAUUUUUUUGGGAGCAUUCCCGAAUACGACGACGUCAAUCAUUUAUCCAAUAGGGAUUUCUAUAAAAAGUUGGAGAAUUUGAAGGAGAAACAGAGGCAGUAUAAUGAAUAUUUACGAACUGAGCUCAAACUGGCAGAUAGGGACACAGAUUGGGUUGAUGAUUAUCAGAUGCUCAAAUUAGGACCUCAAAUAAGCGAUGCUAAACCUACAUCAACCAACCCCAAACCGUUCUGUAUGACACCAAUUCUGAGCAAGAGAUGCAAAAAUAUGAAAAAUUAUGAAGAUCUAGAACUACUUUCACUUUCGGACAGAGAAACGAAACCACCGUCUAGAAGAUCUGUAAGAAUAGAGACACCUUACAGCUUCAAAAGCGAUAAAUCUUCAUCAAACAGUAGUUCUGAAUCACUGAAAAGACCGAAGUCAACGGUUCCUUUGUCCCCGAUGAGUAGUACCAAAGGGCAUACCGAAUCAGAAAAAUUGGACGAUGAAUUCGAGGUAGAAUCGAAUAAAAAAGAGAGAACUGGCGAAUCUCCGAAUUGUGGAAUAACUAUACCAAAGCCAUUCCAGAUGACUGUGAGAGAUGAAGAAAAUCAGAUUGUGGAGAAGUGUAUGCUCGAAAUGAACACGAAUAAGGGCAAAGAAAAACCAGAAAUGUUCAGAGCACAUCCAGUUCCCAUCGAGUCCCAAAUUCCUCUUUUCGAGAAAAUAAUGGCGGAUCAGGAAUAUAAGUAA